AUGGUCAUGUACGGACCGACGGCAUUCCUGACCAAAAUAUCACUCCUCUGGAUCAUGACAAGAGUGUUCAGCCCCUAUCGCAAAGCCGUUCUUUUCAUCUACAUCUUCCUGGUAAUCAUGCUUCUCUACUACAUCCCCGCCGUGAUCGUCAAAAUCCGCAUCUGCAAACCAAUCGAAAGAUUCUGGGACGAAAACGCAAACGGCACCUGUCUGGACCAGUCGGCAAUCAUCCUCGCCGACGCAGUCGUCAGCGUCGUCAGCGACAUCAUCAUCCUCAUCCUCCCGCUCCCGCUAACUCUGAGCCUCCAAAUGGCCAUGCGCAAGAAGCUGCGCGUGAUGGGCAUCCUCGGCGCCGGAGGCCUUGCCUGCGCAUCUAGCGUAGUCCGUCUCAUCCUCAUUCUCAAAACCGGACAGUCCAAAGACGGGACUUAUUCGUUUAUGCGGAUAAAUAUGUUUGGAAACGCCGAAAUCGCCAUCGGGGUCAUCUGCGCCUGCCUCCCCUCCCUCUCCGCUCUGCUCAGCCGAGUCCUCCACGAAUACUCCAGCAACAACAAAGCAACCCAUACCUCCACACACGAACUCAGCAAAGUGACGAAGCAGAGCCGCACGGAUCGGAGACUCAGCCGCAGCAAACACCAGAUGAGCUACUUGGAUACCGCGUCCGAUCAGGAGAUCCUCAUGCACAAUGCGCAGGGGGAUCCGAAGAUCGAGACGUCGAUUCGGGGAGAUACAUCGUCGCGGCGGGUUGUGCCGUCGGAGGCUAUGGGUAUCAUGAAGACGGUGGAUGUGUCGACGUCGGUGACGACUCACUAA